CCCAACAUGGACAUGUGGUCCCGGAAGCGCGAGAUAUGAAAUUUUAAUUAAUAUGGAAAGAAGUAGUGAAGACACAGAUGAAACUCAGCCUCAAAAUUUGACAUCCGAAGAAAUUAUGAUACAAACUUCUCAAUCUGAUGACAGUUCGGGAUUAUUUAAUAUGUUGUCGCGAUAUAAUGCAAGAAAAAACAAAAGGAGAUACAGAGACAGAAGAGGUUCGUCCUCAAGUUCAUCGGAAGAAGGUUAUGAUUCUCCAUAUGUAUUUGGAAAAUUGAAGAUCAUACCUUCCUCAACAUGUCAUUGGAAUAUAGCUUGUCUUGAUUUAGUAGGUGUUAUUUACAGUGAUGACUAUUUUCCAUCACCCUUAGGUGUUCUAGAUCUUAUUUUUGAGAAAACUGGCAAUUUUGGACCACUGACGGAAAAAGAUAAAGAACAUGUAAAUAAUGUGCAGGAUAGUAUGUCAUUCAGUAUGUCUGCUAAAGAACUACUCCAAUUAACCACUGAUAAACGUGAAAGUGUAUUAAUUCCAGUGUCCAAGCAAAUAGAGAAAGAUUUGGACAAUCUUCAUCUACAGUUAGAACUCAGGCACAAAUUAGAUAUUGCAGAUCCAAUUAAUUUCAUCAACGCUGUUCAAGUAAUGAUAGCAUAUCAGGAUGCCCAUUGUUUUGAUAGAAAAGGAUAUAGAAAAUCUGUUGGUGGUGUGCCAGAAGAUAUGUUUGUGGAUAUGGUCAAAGAAUUCUCUAAAUUGUGUAAACUGCUGCCUCUACCAGGUUCAGCAUUUGUUGGGAACACAGAGAUUUGUUUUGACAAGAGAGUUCAAGUUACAGCAAAGUCAGAUAUAAUUUUAGUCCCAGGAGCUUAUUCUGUUGAUAUUCUUUCAAAGACUGUUACAGGAAAAAGGAGACAGCCUCAUGUUGUAUCAGUUGUAGAGGUUAAAAACUUAGAAUAUUCAAUCAAUAAAAACUAUGUUGGAAUGGAACAUGAAAAAAGAAGACAUUCAAAUUCAAGUAGUGAAGCUAGUGAGAAUGAAUUGUCAAUUCAUGCUGGAAAGCCAAUAUUACAAUGGUUUAACCCAGAUAUAUUAGCAAAACACGGAGGAGACUUGCUCUUACUUGACCAGUUUUUCACAGAACAACUGGAAGGAACAGAUGGUCUAAGAGAGUAUCUCCCUGGGAUAAUAGUAGUUGGAACUGAAGUGACAUUUACAGUGCUUGAAAUCAAAACUGGUCAUUUGACUGAUGUAAAGAAUAAAUUAUGUGAAGGAGGUAAAGCUACAAUAUUCUACUCAAAACCAAGAGACUUUUUGCUGAAGGAAGAUCGUGACAUACUAGUUGAAGCAUUCACAAGACUUAAUAAUGGAUGGGUUGACUGAACAGGAAUUCUCUGGAGUUCUCAACAUUCACAUCACCAUUAACGCCUGUCAAUAUUUAUUUUUCAAAAAAUUACAUAAAUAUCUGUUGAAUUUAUGUGGUAACAAAAAAGUAUUUAUUUUUUUUAGCAAAGUUCUUAAGGUUUGUCUUUUGUUAAAAAUUCUUCUUUGAUAAUAUACUGAACAAAAAUAGAAACUCCUAUUUUUCAGUGUUUUAUAUCAGCUCACCUGUCCUAAAAGGAUGUGUGAGUU